UAUCCUGUUUGAAAGUAGCAGCAGCAGACGUUUGUUUUUAGUUCCGUGCCCUUGGAGGACAUGGCGGCUGCCGGUGGUGGAGCUGCACGUGGGGCUCGGGUGUUGGCGGAGCGGAUCCGGGCAGAGAGGAAAGUGUUAGAGGAAGCAGUGAGGAGUAGUAAGAACGCUCCCACCAUCGUGUACCUGCGCCAGUUAAAGAGUCAGGUGGUACGUGAGGACCCGGAUCUUGUGCUUGUGAAUAAGCCCCAUGGACUUCCUGUGCACGGUGGCCCUUCAGUGGAGCGCAGUGUGACCUCUCUGCUCCCGGCACUAGCUAAGCAUCACUUUGGCUGGAAAGCAGAACCCCUGAAGCUUUGCCAUCGAUUAGACAGAGACACCACAGGAGCGCUGAUCCUGGCACGGAGCACAGAGGCGGCAGAUCGAGUGCAGCAGGCGCUGAGGGAGCGGGAAGUGCACAAGGUGUACUGGGCAUUGUGUAUUGGCACCCCUUCUCCACGCGAGGGAAUUUUGGAUAUUCCAAUUGUGGAAAAAGAGACCCCCGGCCCCCAGAAACAUUACAAGAUGGCUCUUUCCCCUCGAUUCCGUGUCUCUAAGGAAGGGGCUGUGGAAAGAGCCCGUGUGUCCCGUUCUGCGCAGGAGGCCGUGACGAGGUACCGCACCUUGGGGGCGGGGUCAGGAGCCUCCUUGGUGGAGCUACACCCAAUCACAGGAGUGAAACAUCAGUUACGGGUUCAUCUUGCUCUCGGCCUGAACUGUCCAAUCCUCGGAGAUCACAAGUACUCUCACUGGGGCCGGCUUGCUCCACAGAAGCCCCCAGACUCCGUACUCAAGGCUCUCGGUAUAACAGCACCACAAGCGCGGAGCCUCGCUCUUCACCUUCAUGCAGUACAGAUCACCCUGCCCUCUUACCAGGGAAGCGCCCCCAUUGUACUGCAGUGCCCACUCCCGUACCCUUUCAUCAAAACUCUGCGCAGUUUGCACAUUCCACCCCCAAAUUUAGAAAGUCUUCUGCCCCCACCAAAAGACUGAUUACCUCAACUAAGGAAGGAUUGAUGACUGCAGCAGCCCCUGGUGGGCCCCAGCCAGUGGCAAAGGUACCUGUCGGACUGAUGUACUGAAUAAAGAGGGUGCAACAUGCUGCUGGUUCAGAGGAGGGAUCCUCUUACAGAAUGACACUGCUAUACAGAAUAAAUAUACCAUUGUCUAUAUUGCUAGUCUAUACUGAGCAAGAGAGUUACAGGGACUUGCCCCACUUCCCAGGGCGCCAUUAAAUAAUCAAGAUUUAUUCAAAUAUCACAUCAAAAUGUUACAUGCUGACCCACCUUACGCGUUUCAUACCAUCUGGUACUUAAUCGUAGGUGCCUUACACUUGCAAUACAGAAACAUUUUAAGGAAGUUGUCAUGACAACACAAGAAAAGGAGGUUCUUUAAAUAAAACACAGUUUAUUAAAUGCAAUUAAUAUAUUACAAAUACCCCCCCUGGAGUUUCAUGCAAAGUAUGCCCACAAGAAGAUUGCGCAGGACAUCAUAAUGAGGGCGUUGAUAUUCACCAGACGGGCGUACUUGGGGUCCUCUCGGAUAUCUGGCAGAUCGGAUACCUGCUUCUCCUGGGACUGAGGGUCGCUGACCCCUAAAGGGCAGAGUAUUGAGUACAUGGUGAAUAAAGACCUCUGGAAAGUA